GGAUGCAAUCUUCUGGUGACCUCGCGUGAUAUCACGGCGAUAGGGGAAGCUCUUGGUGAUGCCCAGAGCAUGCACGUUCGCGCACAUAAAGAUGAUAUCCGCAAGUAUGUCAAAGGUCGUAUUCUCCCAGGAUCAACGCUAGUUAGGCUCAUUGCUGGAGAUCCUUCUCUGAGACAAGAGAUGAGAUUAUCGACGGUAUAACAAAAUGCGCAAACGGCAUGUUUCUACUAUGUCUUCUGCAUAUAGAGUUGCUGGGAACCAAGGUGACUCGUGCAGAUGUUCGCAAUAAUCUCGAAAAGCUAUCCACCGAGGUGGAUACUGUCUAUAAGGAGCUCCAACAUGCCCUAACGGUCUCACGUGGCUAUCUUGGAAUUACUUGUGAUGAGCCCGUGGAUAUAGCCGCCAUACUGGGCCUAUGUGCUGGCUUAGUUACGGUGGAUGCAGGUUCCAAUGCUCGCCUGAUUCACUAUACUGCACGGGAGUACUUCAGCAAUUAUAAAAAAUGGUUAUGCUCGGACCCUCACUCGGAACUUACCAAUGGAACCACCAGUGCUGACCUCGUGAAUAUAACCGCCGUCGUGAAGCUUUGUGCUGGUUUAGUCGUGGUUGAUGCAGGUCCUAUUGUGCGUCUGAUUCACUACACUGCGCAGGAGUACUUCAGCAAAUACGAGAAAUGGUUAUGCUCGGACCCUCACUGAGAAAUUGCUGACGUUUCCCUGAAAGUUUUGACAAAACUACCACUGUCAUCUGCGGAUCGCUAUUGGUACACAGAGUAGAGGAGUGGCGGUUUAGUGGGGAGUUGAGCAAUCAUGCGGUGGAAACCUGGGGCAAUCGUGCACGUGGUUCUGCUGAGGAGACGAAUCAGGCCGCAAUACAAGAUUCUCAUCUUCUUUGUUGCGAAGACAGAGUCAAAUUGGCCACACGGUUCACGAGUGAUCGUUGGUCCUCUGAUGCAGGCUCAACACUGGAUCUGUGUGCCUUUUUCGGCUUAACUCGAACCCUUGAUUAUCAGUUACAAAAUGGCGCGGCUAUAGUUCAAUCCAUCCUUUGCUCACUCGUACGCAUCGCAGUAGAUCAGGGACAUGCACACACGGUGAACUUACUUCUCGACCGAGGCUGCGUCGUAAAUUUGCAACAUACACAAGACCAGACACCACUCUCGUCGGCAGCCAAAGCAGGGAACAGCGAAGUUGCCACGUUGUUACUUGCAAGAGAUGAAGUUUAUUAUAAUAAUAAAAAACACAUUCUACUACUAAACUGAUCCUCAAAAACCAAGUACGCACCAAUAACCCUCCCGGUCCUUCGCACCAUAUUCACCGAUAAUCCUCACAAAAUAAAUCUCAAUCCGCUCUUCCCAGUUUCAUGCACCCUCCUCGGAAGGGGCAUACGAGAGCUCGAACCGACAGAGAACGUGGCAAGUCACGACACCGGGCCUGGAUCGAAUAAUGCAAGGCCCCACCGCCAACAUUGUUUAAGCUAAGGGAUGUGUUGUGUAUGGAACUUGUUUUGGCACUUGCAGUUUCUUUGGAGCGUAUUGGAGGACCAGUUGGUAAAGUUGGCGCGGUUGGAUAGUGGAGGCAGCGACUAGACCAGGAGGACUAAGGGGCAGGUUGACAAAGAGCGUGAGUCACGGUGGCUUGGGAGGCAUGGAUGAAUAGGUUCAACGGCGAAUUUGUUAGCGAGAAAGGAUGAAGGAUAAUAGAAUACGAACGCAGAUGAGACAAGAUGUGAGAAGUGACAGUCCUCGCCACAUUUAUAUUGCUAGCCACUAUGACAUGGCUUUGCCCAUUC